AUUAAGCAAACAACAUCAAAUGGAGUUCCAAGGAAAGAAAGCUGAUGCUAUGGAAGUUGAUGAACCAGUGAGUCCAACUGGUCAGUACUUCAACAGUUCGGUGCUCUCCAUCUGUAUCCUUUGUGCUUUGGAGUCUGACAUCCCCAUAGAUGACUCUCAGACCUACUUUCUGCUUAAAAAUCUUUUCAUCCCAAUCAACCCUCGCUUCUCUUCUAUCAUGGUUAAAGACGAGCAUGGUGUGAAACAAUGGAAGAGGGUGGAUGUGAAAGUGGAAGAUCAUGUUCAUGUCCCUAUCUUUCCAGAUGGGUUAUCACCGGAAUCUUACGACGAGUACUUGCAAGAAUAUUUGUCAAAGAUAGCCAUGGAAAGGCUCCCACAAAGCAGGCCCUUGUGGGAGAUUCACUCAAUCAAGUACCCAACAAGUAAUGCAGCUGGUUCUGUAGUAUUUAAGCUUCAUCAUGCACUGGGUGAUGGCUUCUCACUCAUGGGAGCCUUGUUUUCUUGCUUGAGAAGGGCUGAUAACCCUUCUCUUCCUUUAACUUUUCCUUCAUCAAAGCAGGGUGGUUUGAGUUCUGAUUACAAGAGAAAUAGUAUCUUUAAGAGAGUGACUGGUCUUCUCUCAAUGUUUGUUAAUACUACCUCUGAUUUUGCAUGGAGUAUUCUGAAGAGUAGUUUUGUGGAAGAUGAUCGGACACCAAUUAGGUCUGGACAUGAAGGGGUGGAGUUCCGGCCGGUCAUUAUUUCAACUGUGACUUUCUCUCUUGAUCAAAUCAAACAAAUCAAGGACAAGCUUGGUGGGACUAUUAAUGAUGUGAUUACCGGGAUAAUAUUCUACGGAACAAGGCUAUACAUGCAAAUUUCGGGUUCUCCAGGUUCAAGCAAUGCACAUUCCACAGCACUGGUGUUGCUAAACACCAGAGCAAUCAAUAAUUAUCUAUCAGUUACAGAGAUGAACAAACAAGAUUCCAAGUCACCAUGGGGCAACCAGUUUGGAUUCUUACACGUGUCGAUUCCUAAUUCGGAUGAUUCGGAAUUAGCGAACCCCCUUGAUUUUGUCUAUAAAGGAAGAGAAAUAAUUCAGAAGAAGAAGGGGUCAUUAGCAGUUUUCCUCACUGGCAGAUUACUAGAGAUGAUGAGAAAAUUUAGAGGUCCUGAGACAACAGCUCAAUAUGUCCACAGCACGCUAACGAACUCAAGCAUGACGAUCUCGAAUAUGAUUGGUCCAAUGGAACAAAUGUCAUUGGCUGAUCAUCCUGCUAGAGGUUUGUACUUCAUGGUGGUUGGCAUACCUCAGAGUCUUACUAUAACAAUGGUGAGUUACAUGGGAAAACUAAAGGUUGCAGUGGGAGUGGAGAAAGACUUCAUAAAUGAGAAAUUGUAUAUUUCUUGCUUGGAGAAGGCCUUCACAAGGAUAUUUGAAGCGGCUGUCUCCAGUCCUUGACUACAUGCAUGAAGUUAAAGAGUGGGGACCCUCAACUAAGUGUUCCAACCUUUUAAUGCUUACACACAACAUCCACAAACUU